UUUUAAUUUAUAUUUAGCCUUCCCUUGCAGGAUUAAUGGAAAAAAGGAUCAAACAGUGGCAAAUGAUAGCUUUAGUGUGUGCCAUAUGCAGAGGAAAACAAUCCUGUGUGUGUCUCAGGGUUUUAUUAUUCGUAAUUUUUACUUUAGUCUGGAUCGUAACAGAAAAUAAAAAAAGAUAUGUGUCAUAUAAAGUUGGCCAAUAUUAUAAUUAAUGUUCAGCCUUUUCAUUAAUAUUUCUUAGAGGUGCACCGCACUGACGUUUUGUACCGCUUUUUUUGUUGAAGCCAACUUAAAAAAAGAGCAGCUUGCUGCGUUUUUUUAUUAUUGCUAGGCAACCACCGAAACACCUGUCCUUAGCCUAACCGGAUUUUGCUGUUAAGUAAACUCACAAAUUUGAUCUGAUUGGACAAUGGCAAAAAAGCGCAAAUGACAUUGGGCUUUUCUGCUCUGAGUUGAAGUUUUUCAACUAGAGGCGUUCAAAGCGCUCCUGCAAAAAUGCUAGGUGCUCUGGGCAUCUAAAACGCGAGAUGCCCAGGGCGCAUGAGCAGCGCGCAAAACGCUUACUGCCUAUAGAAAACAACUGGACAAAGACGCCUCUCACUGCAAAAAAACUGCAGCCUGUAUGAUCAGGGCCUUGUAGAAUGGAGCUGGAAUAUUCAUCAAUGUUUUUGCCAUAAAAUUGGAAAUAUAAAAUUCCACUUCUAAUGUAUGCAUUGGUAGCUAUUGUAAAAAUAAUUAUUCCAUUUAUAUAUUAUAUUGAUAACUUACUGCUAGUUUUUGAGAUAUUGAGGGGACUUGGUUGCAGUUAUGUUUUCUAAGUCAAGGGGAGGGUCCAAAGGAAAUACUAACUAUGAGUCUUGAAUGCAUUGCCUAAACCCUGAGGCUGCCAUGCUCUUUAUAUAUUGGUUUAAUCGAGGAGGAGAUAAUCUAUGAUGUUUCUUCUGAAGAGAAUUUUUUUGUUUUAUAGUACUACACUGCCACUCAGAGGAAAUACAAUGAAAAAACACUGACUGGGGCGGUAAAUGUUGAUUUCAUAAGUUAUUAAAAACAGUUUUGGCUUCACAUUUCAAUUAAAAGUUAAAGCAUUAUUAAUAGAAUGGAUCAUACCGAUAUAUCGAUAAUUGGUCAUUGGUAAUGACAAAUCCAACUCGGAUCCACUGCCACAAAAUCCACUUCAGUUUAACUAAACUAAAUAAUACUAUUGCUACCUUCAGGUACUCCACGUAGCUCUUAACUCAAAGUUUGAUGGGCCUCCUACUGCACUAUGCGUGUAAGUUAGUUUAGGCAUCAGCCUACUAUGGUUUAAGUUACAUGCCUUUAUUAAGUGUCAGUCCUGUGUGUCUAAAAAAAACCCUACCCUGUCAUUUAAGUCAUAUCGCCGAACUUCAUACUGAAAAUUCGCAAUUUCACAAGGCUUUGGUUGUUAAUAAAUAAUAAAAACAAAACCGCCGAGGUUGGUCGGCUGUGACUGUAGAAUUUCCAUGUUGGCCUUGAAGGCAGCACCCGGGCUGUUGUAAACUGUGUAGUGGAUGGAUCGCCUCCAUCUACAAGGGCGGGCCUUUUCCGUGUCGCUGCUACAGGGAUACCAAAAUGGAAAUCCAGGGGCUUUCUGAUGCCCAAAACAUUCACUCUCAACAUGGCGCCCCACAGAGAACCGCUUCGUCUACACUUCGAUCAGCGACAGGGUCGAUACCUCGUUUUAUUUCCACCGAAAGUGAAGCGGAUGGACUAUUGGAGUCCCCUGAGCCACAAAGUGACAACAACAACAACACUAGGCCGAGGACAUCACCGUUUCACCUACUGGCAGAAAAUGGCAGCGGGACGGAUUGUUCGCCUGUCAGCAAGCCGCAAUCAACAGAUAAAACCAGUUUACCGAGCAAUAGACCGAAUGUCGGACUUCAUAAUGUGAAUACGGAGAAAGAAAAUGAGCUCAACGCACUGCUUGGUUCGCAGGAGUUCUUUAGGACUGCCUGGAAAUACGGGGUUGAAAGCGGUGAUACUGUAAUGCAAAUGGCGCUGCCUCUGUUUGAAGGGGAAGAGGAACCGAUACCGCAGCGGCAGUUAACGUUACCGUUUCCAGUUUUACGGCAGCAGCGUGGGGACGGCACCUUCAAGCAGCAGCCCUCACUGGCCACCCCCAACGCUACUGCACCGGGGAGCUUCAACACGGCGAAUAGGGCAGACAAAACCACCCAGGAAUUGUAUGUUGUUUUUAAUGUCGUUCAAGAGGAUGGCAACGGCGAGCCACGCCAACACCGACCGGAUGUAUCAUCUGAGAAUGGCGAUAAAAUGAAAGGUACAAAGCCAGAGUGCUCUAAAGCUUGUCCCGGUGGCUCCAUGGAGGUUGGAAACAGCAGUGACGUUAUUCUCUGUGAAUCUAAUGACAACUUGAACUGUCUUGAUACUCAGAUCUUGAAAAAAACUGAACAUGUUUUCAAUUUACUAAACGACAGUUCUACCGUAGCCAAUGUUAAACAGACUGUCUAUCACCACAUUGUCGAAGACGUUGUUUUGACAAACAAAUAUGGCGAUAAGAUUUGUGGCCAGAUUUGCACCGAAAACAAUGAAAGUAAAGUGGUCAGGGAGCUUUCGUCGCACUCCCGUAUUGAGGAGAGCAGUGCCUUGAUUUCAGGGAACUCGGGCAUCGUGGAAGCCAUGGACACGUCGGACUUAAUUUCAAACUCAGCGGGGCUGCAGGGCAGUGUAAACCCGGCCACGGCCUCCACAAGUCCGCCUGCUAGUGAAACCUUUUCCGGAACUAUCACAAUAAACAACCAAAGCAUCAUAGUGACCAUAGAAAACGGGAUACUGACUCUCGCUGCCCCACCAGAGGGAUAUGUACACAAAGAGGAUGACAUGGUCAGUUUAAAGGAGCACCUAGGCAUGAAAGACCAUGAGGAUAUUGUUCUUCUCAACUAUGACAGUGGCACUAAAUCCAUCGGGAAGAUCAGCACGCUGGCGGUGCCCAACUCCAGCCAGCAGGAAGAGCCCAGGCCUGGUUUGUCUGUGAGUGACUCUGAGCUGGCUCUGGUGGAUGACUGCUCAUUAUCAGAGCUUGGCACUUCUCUGGAUACCUGUCCCAUUGUCAAGCAAGAGGCGGGGGUGCUGUGUGCUGUAACAGAGGCUGAUCUGGUCACCCCGCACCCCAAAGCCACUGUGGCAGACUGUGACAAUGGGGACUUCCAGUCUGUACCGCUAAUCAGGUCCAAGAAAGAGACUGUGGCCUCUUUUGGCUGCCCAGAACCGGCCUGCUCCUGUACAUUUGACACACGUCAGAAACUCAAGGUUCACCUCCUGAAUCAUGCUGAGGACCCACGCCCCUACCAGUGCACCGUGGAAGGCUGCGGCUGGGCUUUUGCCACCUCUUACAAGCUUAAACGGCAUCUUCAGUCCCAUGACAAGCAGCGGCCACAUACCUGUCAGUUUGAAGGCUGUGGGCGGCGUUUCACCACAGUCUACAACCUUAAGGCUCAUGUCAAAGUCCAUGAGCAGGAUAAUGCCUUCAUCUGCGAGAUCUGCAGUGAGAGGUUUCGCAGUGCUACACGACUCACCAAUCACCAGAGGGUCCACUUUGAGCCACAGAGGCCCCACAAGUGUGAAUUCCCAGGCUGUGAGAAAACCUUCAUCACCUUCAGUGCCCUGUUCUCGCACAAUCGCACUCACUUCAGGGAAACGGGCCACUUCACCUGCACCUACCCAGGCUGCGACAAGACAUAUGACAAGGCCUGUCGUCUCAAAAUCCAUAUGAGAAGUCACACUGGUGAGAGGCCAUUUGUCUGUGACUCGGAGGGCUGUGGCUGGUCCUUCACCAGCAUGUCUAAGUUACUUCGACAUAAACGGAAACAUGAUGAUGACCGUCGCUUUGUCUGUACAGAGGAGGGUUGUGGGAAAUCCUUCACCCGGGCAGAGCACCUCAAGGGUCAUAGUAUCACCCAUCUGGGCACCAAGCCCUUCCAGUGCCAUGCAGAAGGCUGUAAUGCCAAGUUCUCAGCACGCAGCAGCCUGUACAUCCACUCCAAGAAGCAUAAACAGGACGCAAGCACCCUGAGGACCCGUUGUCCUGUGGCCAACUGCUCCAAGCACUUCUCCUCCCGCAGCAGCCUUAAGAGCCACAUGCUCAAACACCACCACCUCACUCCUGAUGUUCUUAGCCAGAUGGAGACCACACCCACCCUGACCCCCAGCAGCGAGCUCAUCAGCUCCACCCCAACAACAGUUGCAGGGCCCAGUAUUGCCGGGGGCGACCAGCUUACCAGCUUGGACCUCAGCUCUCUUUUCUCUGCUGUGCCUGGAGGCACUGUGCCCACUGCUGGCAUAGGAGUGGGAAUUCCUGUCGGUGGGAGCAGUUCUAAUGGCACUUUCACCAUGGACCUUUCCCUGGUCAGCUCAGGCAUCCUCACCAUCGACCCCUCCUCAGUCAGCACCACACUCGGUACCGGCACUAGCACCACGUUGGCCAAAGCUGUGGACCCUCUUAUCCUGGCAGCCAGUGCUGACAUGGGCCCUCACCAUGUUCUGGAAGGAACAGUGGGUGACGUCCUACCCCCACAGGGCACUCUCAAUCUGGAUGAUGUGCAGACGGUUACCCCAGAGGCCCUGGGAACCCUCACAGCUCUCACCAUGCAGGGUGCUGGUGCCUCCGUAGACCACACUCUGCAGCACCCACUCAGCUCCUCCAGUGCCCUGAGCGUGGAGCCCACAGCCUCCCUGGCGGUGGCCCCUGUUGCCGAGCUGCUGGCCUCACCCUCAAAGGUGGUAGAGGUGGGUGGUCAGGGGGGAACAGGGCCUCUGCUGGGCUGUGUGGAGGUACUGGGACCUCAAGAGGGAGGAAAAGUCCUCACCCAGUUUGUUUUCCCCAGUCACAGCAGCAGCUUCAGCCCACAAAAAGACCAGGAACUCAACGCUGUGUCGCCAAGCAGCUUCUUGGAGAGUGGAGGCUCAGCCAGGACUGACUACAGAGCCAUCCAGCUGGCCAAGAAGAAGAAGCAAAGAGGUCCUUCAGCCUCCUCUGGGAGUUCAGGAUUCAGUCAGAGAAAAACUAAAGGAGCGAAGGUAGCCACAGCUCCAGCACCAAUGGCUCCCUCUGGGGCUCAUUAUGGUGAAGGAGCUGCAGCAGCCAACGGGGGCCUGACUCUGCGUGACCCCGUCACCGGGGCCCAGUAUGUCCAGAUUCAGCUGCUGCAGGACGACCCAGCCAGUGAUGGCGACCUGGCCUUCCAGCUGAGCUCUCAGCCCUCCAGCUCCCACUCUCAGCUCACUGCCGACCUGCCCGUCAACAUUUUACAGGAACCUUCAGUGAUGACAGAGGACGACAACGGCUCUGACAACUCCCAGUUCACAGGAAGCACAAUCAACCUUCAGGACUUGGAGUGACCACCACAGAGCUGCAGGUCAGAGGUCUGCUGCGAUGAUCAACCUGACUGGCACCUCGUCACUGUCCACAGUUUACAUCAGCAAACAUACGUACGAUGUUUGAUUCCAUCAAAUGGUUGCCUCGUCUUUUCCCAGGACUUCGAAAAGCCUUUUUGGACAUGUGGUUAAUAUUGUUUGGGGAGGGGGUGGACAUGAGUCCACAGAUAAUGCACCUUGAGAAGAUGAGAUGAGGAUUCUUUGUUCAGUAGAUUAUGUGUUUAUUUCUAAAGUCCAGUUGGUACCAAAAUCAAACCUAGAAGCAUUUUCAUGUCAAAGAAACAUGCGAGAGGCUCUUUGUUCCUCUGUUCUGUGGGUUUAGACACUGUUCUAUUCCAUGGUGCCACAUUGCCACUCAUGCACACACAGUGCGCUGUCUACGCUCCAGUUGCCUUACAGACACUUCACGCUGUGCAUUCCUCCAUCGGCGGGUUAUCUGCUUUAUUUGUUGCUAUUUUGAUUUCCUACAUUUUGUUAGAUUUAUUUUUCUAUGGCAGCAGUAAGUCCAUGUUGAAAACAUGCCUGUUCCUGUGUUUAUAUACAGUAUGUAAUGAGUUACUACCUUUAAUAAUGUAAUAAUUUUAUCUGUUUAUUUAUUAUUUAGCUGUGGUUUACAGAAUGGCAGAGCCAAACACAGAGAUAAAUUAAAGAAUCAAAGCACAAUCAGAA